AGUUGAUAAAAGUUCUUUAGAAUAGAAUUUAAAUUAAAAUCGAAUUUGAGUUUAAUUCAGUUGAUAUAUGCAACGUAUUUAACAAAUUUAAAUUAAAAUCUUUGUAUUUAUAACACAUUUUCUUAUGUCCAGGCUAAGCUAUCUUUGUAUCAAAAAAAUUAAAUUAAAAUCCAUCUUACAAAAACAAGCAUAAAAUAUUUCAUAUAACAAAGAAUUUAAAAAAUAAUAACAUACAUAUAUGCUUUCAAAAGAAAAAGGAAUAUGGACAUAUUUGGCUGUACCUUCUCAAAAACGCUGCGUUUCGGUUUCUGUUCUGGGGAAAUCCUCAGUUUCCUCCAACAGAAACAUCAUCCAGGCAUACAAAAUCCGCAGCAAAGAACGUAACUGUGAAACUCAUAAACCUCAGUUAAAACCAACUCCUUCUCUUCACUAACCAAUCUUUUUCCAAAUUUUUAUGCAGUUUCAUCUCAAUUCCGUCUCAAAAGAAUGCAGGUCGCUCUCCCCAUUUUACCCUCCAAGCUCCCCUCAAUUUUCCCAUCCCACCACCCCAUUUCUCCCACUCACCAACCCCGCAUAAACCUCGCCUUCCAAACUCAAGCCAGCCCCUUCAACUCCCUCAAAACCUCCGGCUUUUUAUCCACAAUCAGCCGUGCUAUAGAUGAAGAAGAAGAGUACCGCAAAGCCAGAGCUGCUGUCACCAAAAAGGGUAUUGAAGUUGAAGGUUACUUCAUUGAAGGACUCUCUAUUGGUGGCCAUGAAACCUGUGUCAUGGUUCCUGAAUUGAAGUCUGCUUUUGAUAUUGGGAGGUGCCCUUCUCGUGCUAUUCAGCAGAAUUUCGUUUUCAUUACCCAUGCACAUCUUGAUCAUAUUGGUGGGUUGCCAAUGUAUGUAGCUAGCCGUGGCUUGUAUAACUUAAAGCCUCCAAUAGUAUUUGUACCUCCAUGCAUCAAAGAGGAUGUGGAGAAGCUGUUGGAUAUUCACCGGACAAUGGGACAAGUGGAACUCAACCUUGAUUUGGUCGCACUUGAUGUGGGUGAAACAUAUGAAUUGCGGAAUGACAUUGUUGUCCGACCAUUUAGAACUCACCAUGUUAUACCAAGCCAGGGUUAUGUUAUAUACUCUGUUAGAAAAAAGCUGAAGAAGCAGUAUAUUCAUCUGAAAGGGAAACAGAUUGAGAAAUUGAAGAAGUCUGGUGUCGAGAUCACAGACAUUGUUUUGUCUCCAGAGGUGGCAUUUACAGGGGAUACAACAGCAGAAUACAUGCUUGAUCCACGUAAUGCAGAUGCCUUGAGGGCCAAAAUUCUUAUAACUGAGGCAACUUUUCUUGAUGAAAGUCAUAGCAUCGAUCAUGCAAGACAACAUGGUCAUACUCAUUUACUUGAGAUCAUUGAACAUGCUCAGUGGAUCAGGAAUAAGGCUGUCUUGUUAACUCAUUUCUCUUCCCGCUACAGUAUAGAGGACAUUCGGCAAGCUGUUUCUAAGUUGCAGUCUAAAGUGUCAGCAAAGGUGGUUCCUCUAACAGAGGGUUUCAAAUCAGUGCACUCGUAGUCAUGUUUUCAGCAGCUAAAAUGAAUUAGAGGAUAGAAGAAAAGAAGAAAAACAUUCAAUUUCUCGUUUUGUAAUUAAUACAUGGAUGGUAUUCAUAAAAUUCUUCUGAUUUUAUAGAAAUCUGUUAACAAUGUGCAUUGGUAUUAAACUUUUGCAACUUCUUUUAACUGAUUAAUGUAAGAAACCAUGAUGAACUAGGAGAAAAGAAAAAGGGUAUCAUCAUGGAGAUAUAGACUGAUUUUAUUCACUUAUCAGGGAAUGGCUGUGCCUUUGUAUGUAAAAUGUGUAUCAGCAGUAAUGCAGUAAUACCUCUAUAUUUACCAAAA